AUGAGCCCUGGGGAGGACAGUGAAGCUGAGGUGGAGGCCAAGCCCUCAGAUUUAGGGGAAGAAAUUGGUGGGGCUGGUAUGACCCCUAUAGCAACUUCAUCAGGGGCCCAGGAUAUCCUUGACUCUGGGAGGGCCCCAUCUGAAGAUACCCCUCAUGAAUCCAGCCCUGCUUGUCAUGCCAAUGGGGACAGGGUGAAAUAUUUAAAGUCCCUUUGCAUCAUGCCCAGGUACCAGGAACUUGUUGAGCUUGUAGAUGGCUUGCCAGAGACAGAACCUGAUGCUGGACCAGUCAACCUGCCUGUCUGGGCAUCUUUGGCCUGGAGUGCCCAGUAUUUGCCCCAGGAGAUGCAUGGCAAUGGGGAUUCCUUCUGGAAGGCACUGUAUCAAUUGCAAAGUGAAAAGUUUGCAUCCACCCAGAAAGGUCUUACCAUUGUACUGGGAUUUGGUUUGUUGUGGAGGGAGUGCAAAAGAGCACAGGACAUAGAAUCAGAUGACCCUGAAGCUGCUAAUCUGGGCUUUUUGCUAGGCUCAGGUCUUGAUAUCCACAAGGGGGAAGAUGUUAUGGGUGCAGUGGGGCUAGUAGUUGCAGGACUGCAGCAGAAUUCUGGUGGCUCAAGCAGAGGGAUUGGUGCACAGGAAACAACUGGGGUCAGUGCAGGGGAUUCCUGUCCCAUCCAGGGGGGUGGCAUGAAGGAAUCCUGGAAUACAAGAAAGGAUGUGAGGAAAAGAAAAAGGGGAGGCAGUGGGGAUGUUGAUCAGAGGAUGGCAAAGGAGGGUGAAGAGGCAAGCAAGAAAUCAACUAGAGCUCGUCAACCAACCAAGAGAGCUCUGGGUCUUGGUCUAUAA